UUUUUUUUUUCUUCCUCUUUGCUCUCGGUACGGGAGCCGAGCGGGGACCAGCUGGUUUACGCGGCGGCCGUGGGUCUCCACCCGAGAGUAUGGCGGCUGGGAUCGCACUGGAGAGCGAGGGAGAGACGGAGACUCGCCAGAGAUGCUGAAAAAGAAACAAAGAGACGCAAGUUGUUUUAAUUAAGUACCCAAACAGUUUGAGUUGCUGCCGCUCCAACCGAGGCGGCCUCGGGCGAGAACGAUCUGCGCCUGCACUUCAUUCUGGAGGCGAGAGCCAGCGUUUUUCCCAGCGUCCUCGAUGGAGCAAGUUUGUUUUUUUAGGAUGCACAGAGAGGGGUGAGCUAAGCAGAUGAGAACCCCGCACGGUCCACAUCAUCGGGCGAUAUUUUCUUCCUCCUCCCCCCCUCCUGUGCACGUUUUGGACAAUUUGCCAGUCCUCGGACGCCCGUGUAGCUGUCAGUGUCUGGCCUGCGUGGGGGAAAUUUCUACAAUGAAAUCCAUCUUGGGGCAGCGAGUCUUUGUGCUCUGCCAUAGCUGAGCAGCGGCGAGCGAGACUGUGUUAUUGACAACCCGUUCAAAAUGGGACACGACUGGUGAACGGGAUUUUGAGUUCAUUUCAAUGACGCGCGGAGACUGAUACCUUACGACUUGAUUUAAUCCACGAUGCGCGAGUAUAAAGUGGUGGUCCUGGGCAGCGGUGGGGUCGGGAAAUCCGCCCUCACUGUGCAGUUUGUCACCGGGACGUUCAUUGAGAAGUACGACCCCACGAUAGAGGAUUUUUACCGCAAGGAGAUCGAGGUGGACUCCUCGCCCUCGGUGCUGGAGAUCCUUGACACCGCCGGUACCGAGCAGUUCGCCUCCAUGCGGGACCUUUACAUCAAAAACGGCCAAGGAUUCAUUCUGGUCUACAGCCUCGUCAACCAGCAGAGCUUCCAGGACAUAAAGCCGAUGAGGGAUCAGAUCAUAAGAGUGAAAAGGUACGAGAAGGUUCCUGUGAUCCUGGUGGGGAACAAGGUGGACCUGGAAAGCGAGAGGGAGGUAUCAUCCAGCGAAGGUCAGGCCCUGGCCGAGGAGUGGGGCUGCCCAUUCAUGGAGACUUCGGCCAAGAGCAAAACCAUGGUAGACGAACUGUUCGCUGAGAUCGUUCGGCAGAUGGACUACGCUGCCCAGCCAGACAAGGAUGACCCCUGCUGCUCCUCUUGCAAUAUACAAUAGCCCCGGGGGUACCCAGGAACAGGCCAGGCAAAAAGUCUACUUAGAGCAAGCUACUUCGACUCACAGCAGAGACAUACGCACUUAGACACACACACACAUGCACAUGCCAAUUAAACGGAAGAUAAAUUCAUGGAUGAACGCAAUGGAUUUUAACUCUAUGGAGCAUAAAAUCAGCAGUGACAUGAUUAUUAUUAACGACAUGUGAGUCAUGAAUACAUUUUGAAAGAGGAAUGCCAGGAAUUUGCCGCAAGAGAAAUUGACAAAUGACAAAAAAGGAACAUGCCCUCGCCUUAUGUUACUCUCUUUUGUUGUUUGGGUUUGUUUUUAUCCUUGUCGUGGGUAAAAUCAUCAGCAAAGAAUCACAGAUCAGGAUCUUUACUCUUUUAGGUUGCUCUACAAUCUGCUAUAAAUGAGUAAAAAGUUGUCGCCUGGUUUCGUUUGUAUUACAAGUUUCUCACAGAAUACCAAUAUGCAUUUUUUUUGCUACGAUGACUCAAGUAGCUACUGUACACAAAUCCAAUAACAGAUUCCUGGGAUCCAGAUGUUUUAAAUAUUAAGGAGUAUUUGAUUUACAGUAUGUACAAUUUCCUCCCAGCUUAUUUUGUGCAGUGGUUGGUUUUUUCUACUCAUCACAGGGCUGAACCAAAGAGGUGACCUGAGAGCACCUCCGUUUUCUUAGGGUUUUUUUUUUCUUUUUCUUUUUUUUCUUUCAGUUGUUGAAAAAAGGAAUGGAGAGAAAAUGGUGGAUAAGUCAGUGUCUUUCUUGAAACAUUGGUGCAGUCAUCUCUUUCCUAUUUUCUCCCUUUGAGAUACAAUAGUAAACAUAGCAGAGUCUUUCACAUAUCGUGUGAUGUUUUGUUUUCCCCUCUGGGAGACUCUGACAGCAGAUUGCUGAGUAAUAAUGUAACUGUUCAUCCUGAUGGGACAAAUAGUUCAUCUUUUCAGUGUUUGAAUAUCUCUACAGACGAUCUCUCUAAACUCUUUUCAGGAAUGGGUGACAUUUAAAGUGAAGAUGCCAACAUUUGUCAUACUUUACAUUUUCUUUUUUUCUCCUCCGGUAUCAAUAUGUAAUAGGGUGCUCAAGAGUUUCAGCAUCCUGAUUCCAUUCUUUAUGUGCUCAGAGUAUUCAAAACCAUAGCAACAACUAGUGACGACAAAGGCGAUGAUAAUAAGAAUAACUAAUGGUAGUGUAAAUAUUUUGUAUUGAAAGUGCCAGCUCCUAUGAAGACACUGACUACAACACAUGUGGAACUGUCAACUGUAUGCAUGGCUAGUAAACAAAAAAAAGGACUCUUAUUGUUUGAGUUUAAUAUAGGCUGUGGAAAUGUGCAAACCAAACACAUACACGUCUGGAUCUGGACACUGUCUCUCAACUGUACAUCUACAGUAUGUUGCCACGGGAACCAGACUUUCCCCGUGUAACCAUUUUCAUUGUUGAUUUUAUAUUUUUUUAUGUGACCAUUUACUCUUUAUUCCCUCUCUGAAUGGUGACACUGUUACAUUUGACACCUAAACAAUAAAAGUGCGUUCAACACUCAA